UUCAACCGCAACGAGAAGGUGCCGCGGAAGGCCAGCCUGAGUCGCCUUCGUCGGCGCCCGGUCUGCCCACGCGGCUCCCUCCUCGACUCAACGCCGCCGACGCGACGAAGGGGCGGUGCGCACGUUAGCACAGAAGUCAGCGCGAAGCGGCAAGGAGUAAGACACACCACUGCCCGUUCCUCCGGAACUCCGCGAGAGGCGGCCGUUGUUAUAGCACGAUGUCGCUGCUACCAGGCGAAGGAACAGCUGCGCGUCAGAGGCAGACGCGAGUCGUAGCCGCGCGAUGAUGGGACCCGGCGUCUGCGUCGCCUGACGCGGCUACCAUCGAUGAAGUUAGUGCCCGCUUGCUUAGGACGUGUGUGCACGCGUGGCUGCGUCUUCUGACUGCGUGUGUGUGCGGCAGUGUGUUGUGUGCUCUCGCGCGCAUCCCGCUUUUGUGUUUGAACAGUAUAUACAACUGGACGGGACGUGUCGCCCACAACAUCCCUAGCAGUAUGGUGCCACUUCGGAGAGCAGUUCACAGCUGCUGCUGGCUUGUUGUCGUUUCGGCCCUGGCGAUUCUGCCAGUUGUCGCGGCCACCUCGGUGCCUCCGCCCCUCGGCACUUUUCAAGCGUUGCAAGCGCCAGAGAGCGCCGACGGGGCCAACUCGGUGCCGAGCGAAGUUGCCGACACGAUAGGCAAGACCGAGCGGUUACCGGACACCAGCGCCGAGAUCGAGUUGGGUAGUGCGACCAAUUCUAGCGACCACAGCCGUGUACCGGAGAACGAGCGUCGGAGCGGUGGGUCGAAGAACGUGGCGGUGGAAUCUGCAGCGCCCUCUCGACAGCCAGACGUUGGCCAGGAUGACGCCUCUAUUCUCGACGACGACUCGACACCGACCUCAGCGGGCCCAACUUCCUCGGAGGAGUCCAGAAUGGAGGCGCUCAGGGCGUUGGAAUCGGUGACGAUACGGCCGGAAGACGGCGUCGUCGAUGCCAAGGACCAACAACCGAACUUCCCUAAGGAGAACUCGGGCACCUUGGUGGCGCGCGGACCCGAGCCUGACAGGAGCCGGCGUCCGGAGUACGACUUCGACAACCCGACGAGCGGCGGCACCAACGUCUACAUCGUGGCCAUCGUGGGUGUGGUGCCCGCUGCCGGAGCGGUCAUCUGGUGCGUCCGAAAGAUGAUCAACAAAAACAAGGAGAACAAACAAAACCCGGACGCGCCACCAGCAGACGACGAUGACAAGCAGACGGUGGCGCAAGAUCCUCCGACCAAGUACAGCUACAUCCAGGACGCUUACAACAAGAUGUACGCGAAGACCAUCAGCGAGUUGAUGCCUACGCAGAGUUCGGAGCCGCCGAAUCCUCGUGCCAGCGCUCCGGUGGCCUCGAGUCCGGACGAAGUGCCGCGGAACGACGUGCGGCUGGAGCGAGUGUUGGGCGAGGGCAACUUCGGCCGCGUCUGGAAGGCCACGGCGUACGGGCUCAGCGGCUUCAAGAGGUCCACGCCAGUCGCCGUCAAGACUCUCAAAGAGUACGCGACCAACGAGGAGAAGAGAGACCUGGUGCGCGAGAUGGGGCUCAUGAGGAAACUGGGCAAGCACCCGCACGUCGUGCGCUUCCUGGGAUGCUGCACCCUUGACGAGCCCCCGCUGCUCAUCAUGGAGCUGGUUUCGCGUGGCAAGCUGCAGUCAUUCCUGCGCGAGCAUCGUUCCCGGGGCGCGUACUACAAUGAGCCCGAGGACGACGGCUGCCUGGGGCCGCGGGACCUGGCACAGUUUGCCCUGCAGGUGGCGCAGGGCAUGGACUACAUCCACAGGAACGGGAUUAUCCACCGUGACCUGGCCGCUCGGAAUGUGCUGGUAGACGAGCACAGCCAAUGCAAGGUGGCCGACUUCGGCCUAUCUCGCAGUGUUCGAGAUUCCGAGACGGACGUCUAUCAACAGAAGUCCAAGGGUGCGCUACCUGUGCGGUGGAUGGCUCCGGAGUGCCUGUACCUGCAGGUGUUCACCGCAAAGUCCGACGUGUGGGCCUUCGGAAUCCUGCUGUGGGAGAUCGUGACGCUAGGUUCCACGCCGUACCCGGGCCUGAGCGCUCAGGAGGUGAUCCAUGCAGUGCGCGACGGCCGCGUGAUGGCGCAGCCGGUGCACUGCCGCUGGGAACUGUACCGGCUGAUGCGCGCCUGCUGGCACCCGGACCCCAAGGAGCGGCCGCCCUUCUCGAGGCUCGCCUCUGACCUUGACCAACUCAUCAAGCUGAACGCCGGAUACAUCGACCUGGACAACUUCCCCGAACACGCCUACUACAACCUCGAAUAUGGCGUGGACGAGAAGUUGUAGCCGCCUCCGUUCGACUCCGAAUGAUACGGCGUGCUGGGGCUGCACGCGCCAUGUAGCUAAAGUUGCCUCACAUCAGAUGCUCUUCUUUUUUUUUUUUUCGUUAUUGUCUGCGUGCAACGGUACCCGAAUGAAGCACGGACACUUUCUGUUAUGUUACCACCAAGAUCGUGGCUGGCAGGCGAGGCAGCUGCUGUACUGGCGAGCGAGAGCUUUAAAAGCUGCCCAGGCUGCCCAAUGGACCGCCAGUGCAUGUGUGGACGUCACAUCGGAAGUUCUCCAAAGUUUGUUCACUUCAGGACGUUUGGCUUAUGCCAAGUGUGUUUCGCAACAGUCAUCGAUUUAUCGGGUCGUGCAGUUCGAUGUAGCAUUUGCAUGGCUACUCGCGUGCCUUUGAUUCCGAAGCGCGAGCUUUGCUGUACUUCUUGUUCGACGUGCGCGAAGACCCUGCCGCCGUUCCAUUUGCGUAUUUUGAGCAGAUGCCUCAUGGUUCGAAUCGCUAAGAGUUCGCAGGUUACUGGAUGGCCCACUACAUUAUAAAAGGUGCAUAAUAAGGGAAACGGCCUGGCGUCCGCUGGCAAUUGAGCGCUGUAAAGCAAAAAAGAAAGAAAAAAAGGCAGACUACACAUUGCCUUCAAAAGGACCUUAUUUGUCACUAGAGAUGUGCGUUCAACUUGGCCUUGUGUGUAUAGCUGCAUCACACACAUUUCUUCGAACCUGUGGUGAUCAGCUGUGAAACAGCAGAGUGAUACUUUGAUCAUUCCCACAGUAUCGGGAGGCGCACCACUCCGAUUUCAAAGUCAUGUGCCAUAAUUUCUGCUACUCGAGCCAGUAUAGCUAAAAUGAAAGGAAAAAGAAAGAAAAAAAACUUUUGUGAGUAAACUAUCGGACGUGCUGAAUACAAGCUUUUCAAAUGAAAAGAGCAAUGCGUGGGUAAGCCAGCCGCGAUAAGAGUCAUGACUAUACACAACUCGCAAGUCCAAACUACGGAUCUAAAGUCGAGUUUGCAAACAUUUUGUUUGAAAAUACACCCAGCAGCCCCGCACAAUAUAUCAGUUCAACUGCAUCAUUUGGCUAGCUGACUGAGGAUACAGAAGACCAUACUAUGUUGCGCAUAUUUGGAACAUGUGUACUUGUUAAAAGAACGCCACAAAAUUGGUUUGGCCUCAUAAAUAGCAGCGGCCGCUUUCUGAAUUGUAACGUAAACAUAGUCAGUUAUGUGUAUCAAUAAAAAAGUUCAUUGCUGAGUUCUCGCUAAUUAUUUUACCGCAGUGAAAUUUGUGCCAGCUGUAUUUGUCAGCUUGGCCCAAUAAAGCUUAUAUUUGCGUAGCUUCUAUAUUGUUUUCAUUGAGAAUACGGUUAUGAACUUAUCUUUGAAGACCUUAGGUGUGGACCUAAAUAUACGGUACACAGAGUCACUAAACGGCGAGGAAGAAGAAAGAAAAUUAGACCGCAAUUGGUACAAGACGGCACGCUGUCCCAGACGUAUUAGAAUGCGCAAGAUGUCCUAAAUGUAGUAACGGGCCAAGUUUUAAGAAACUAAACGAAAAGAGUUGAUCCUUUGCGCUCGAUGGCGAAAUUUAAGUUGCAUUUCAUGUGUCUUUGAGCGGGCCUUUGUCUCUGUGUUGAACAUCUGUGUGGGUGUGACUCGCGGCAUCAGUCGACAAGAAAUUAUCCAUGUGUUUUCUCUGUGCGAAGGACUCAGCGGGAAAUCGAUUCUGUUGAAGUGUUCGAUGCACUUCCGGACCUCCCAUUCGAAGGUCACAAUGUGUUCGUGCCAAGUCGAGUGCGUUGACUGGGACUGCGCGCCCUUUGGGGUGAACCCCGCGAGUCAAGUGAACGCUAACGAGUGCGGUGUGUUGUGCGCGCGGCUGUUUAUCUGUGGCCCAUGAGCAGCGAGACAUCGUGAAAAGUUUGUUAAGUACCAGAACUUCGUCAAACUCAACUGGAGGCGGAGUUUGCGACGGGACAUCUGGGAGCAUGCUGUAAGCGCAAGCUCAGCAACCCUUGCAACGGACGUGUGGCGCCAUUUCAAAUAUGACACCGUGCUAACAUUGCUCGCACAACAUUCGAAGGCGCCUUCAUUAUUUACGUGCCGGCGCACUCUAUAUAGUUACUUAUAUUCAGUGCCAGCCCAAUUCCCUCUGUGCAUUUCAGCUUCCCGCACGGGCACCGGUUACUGCACUUUUGUCAUUCAGCGUGUUGGCAUGUUUCUUCGAUAUUUCCGUGCAUGUAUACGUCUUAUUGUUUUCCUAAUUAAUCUUACGUGCGUUUCGUGAUUAGAUUUUUGAGGUUUCGUUGAUUACUCGAUAAGAGUACGCGGUGGAGAAAAAAACAGGGAAGAGAAAGGAAUGUAGCAUAUUAUUGUUCUUGUGCAUAUGAGCACGCCAUGGCACAUGCUUCUGUUCGAUCUCAUAUACAUUGCUGGUCUAGAAACACAAAUAGCCGGAGCUAGGUACCUUUAUUAUUCCUCUAAGUCCUUGUGCGAGCGCUCUUUUUCUCCAUUCGUAUAACGAUGAACCAUUCAGCGCAAUACGAGGCCUCAGUGACCUCGUUAUUCAUCUGCGUUGCCUUGAAUGCAUAGUCAGGGAAAGCCUUCAGGCAGUUCGGGUCGCUUUCAAAAAUAUGCAUUUUUUUUUACCGCUGGCUGUACUAUAAAAAACAAACAAAGAAACAAAAA